AUGCGUGCAAUGUUAGCUGUCCUCCUCUGUGCCUUAUCCUUUUUCGGCUGCGUGUCAAUGGCCCAUCCUUUGUCCGAUGAAGAGAGCUUGGAGCUAUUUAAGCGCUACUUCGAUCCUAUCCGAUUCGCGAUGGGUCCCAUUCGUACCAAGGAGGAUUUGGAUAAGCGUGAAGCGGUCGUCGCCUCGAAGCGAUACUUUGACCCCAUCCUCUUCAAGCACGCCUAUUAG